UUCACAAACAGGAUUUUCAGAAGCAGUUCAGUGACUUAAAAGCAUCUGUUUUUAUUGGAUGCCAAUAAAAAAUGUGUAUGUGCUACCACAACAUUUAGGUCCUUUGGAAGCUCGUCUCCAAUAUAAGGCAGUCUAUAAACAAAUAUCUUUAGAUCACUUCUUGCCACAAUUAGCAGUAAUUAACAAGAACACAUGGUCACUGCAUUGCAGAAGCAGCUAGAAAUUGCAUUACCCAGAGGAGGUGUCUGCAGGAUUGACACAAUUCAUCCUCUUUUUGUGCAUGAAACUGUUAGGAUCUCCUCAAGCCCGUAAUCAGCCAUCCCUUCCUCUCCUUGCUGUGACACCCAAGAUUCAGUAUACCACCUUCUCUUUUCCCUGCUUGCUCACCCCUGUACCUGCAUGAACACAAGUCUGGGCUGUGAACACACCAAGACUCGAGUGGCUGUGUCACAGCUCCUCCUUGCCAUCAUGUGGCAUCCCCACAGACACAGCUCCCAUCCCCAUGUGGGGAUGCAGCAGUCAGGCAAGAAGGAAGGAGGUGUGCAGGCCCUGCCCAGCAUGACACAGCAACAAAGGUAUCUGUGGUAUGAGGUAGGUGAGUUUUCUUUUCCACUUCCUUUCUAGUUUGCUUGUUUGUUUACAAAGGGAAUCACCAGUGGGAUGUUUUUGCAUGACUCACAACUGGAGCCCCCAGUGCAGAUAAACAGCACUCAGACUUUCAUCUGGCUCUGUCCUGGGCCAGCCUGGUCCAUGAGCUUUCCUGGGGGGGUCAAGAGAUGGGAACUAGAGGCUUCCUUUUUGAAAAGACAUUGGAGAAGACACAGCAUGGCUCAGUCCUAGCUCUUCCAAGAACAAAAACCAGCAGAUCUUACAACCACAGAACCACAGAAUCAGUUUGGUAAGAAGGGACCUUUAAAGAUCAUCCAGUUGCCACAAGCAGGAACAUUUUUCACCAGACCAUGUUUCUCAAAAUCCCAUCCAACCUGGCUGUGGACACUUGAGUGGUAGGGCUUCCACAACUUCUCUGGGCAAUCUGUUCCAGUGUCUCACCAUCCUCAUAGUAAAUUUCUUCCUUUUAUUUAACCUAAAUCUACCUUUUUAGUUAAAAUUGAUUGCCCUUUGUUCCAUCGUUAUAGGCCUUGGUAAAAUGUCUCUCUCCUUCUUUCUUAUAAAAUUCCCUUUAAGUACAGAAAGGCUGCAUUAAGAUCUCCCUAGAACUUUCUCCAGGAUGAACAGACAUGACUCUCUCAGCCUUUCUCCAUCAGAGUGUUCCAGCUUUCUGAUCAACUUUUGGCUCUCCUGUGGGCCUUCUCCAAGAGAACUGUUUUGUGCUAGGGGUUCCAGAGCUGAAUGUUGUACUCCAGGUGGGGUUUCACAGGAGCAGAGUAAAGCGGGACAAUCCCCUCCCCUGACCUGCUGGUCACACUUCUGAUGCAGCCUGGUUGGCUUUAUGGGCUGCAGGUGCAGCUGGGUCACAUCCAAUUGUUCACCCACCAGUACUCCCAAGUCCCUCUCCUCCAGGCUGCUCUGGAUCCAUUCAUCCCCAGCCUAUACUGGUAUUGAGGACUGCCCCAACCCAGAUGUAGAAUCUUGCACUUGGCCCUAUUGACUUUCAUGAGGUUCACAUGGUCCCAUUCCUCCUCUGUAUGGCAUCCCUACCCCUACUGAAUCCAGGACACCUCUCAGGUUGGUGUCCUCUGCAGAAUUCCUGAGUGGGACUCAGUCUCACUGUCUGUGUCAUUAUUGAAGAUACUGAGCAGUACUGGUCCCAGUGCAGGAUCCCGAGGGACACCACUUGUUGACGAUCCCCAUUUGGAUGCUGAGCCAUUAACUGUAAUUGGAUCCCAUCCACCCUCCUAUUUAUUCAUCAAAUAGUCCAUCAAUCAAAUCCAUCUCUCUCCAGAUUAGAGGUAAGAAUGUUGUGUAGGACCAUGCCAAAGUCAAUACAGAAGUCCAGGUAGCUGACAGGUAGCUUACUUUCCAUUAGGUUGGAGUGGUUCAUCCUGCACUGCUUUUCCAAGGAUAUCAGGGGACAUACCUGCAAUUUCAGUUUGUGCCUGGUGGGAUCUCCCUUGCUUGGAGGCUGGCUGGACCUCUUUCCUGCAGCUGAGGAAUGAGGAUCCAGCCCACAGCAGGGAAGGAGUUAAGUGCUUGACCAGCUGCUGUCUGUGAGGCACUGAAUUCCUUCCCCGUGCAGUCCAGCAGCCAGUGUCAGGACAGAUAUAUUUAGAAAGCUGAUAAAGGUUUAGUGCCAACAGUUGUCCUGCCCCUCGAUGAAGAAGCUGUAGAGAGAGUGAGAGGGGGGCAGCUGAUUUCUUUCCCCACAGUACUGUUCCUUGCUGUCUUCAGUGGACUCCUUUGCUGUGCCUCCAGCAGAGACCCCCAGUGGAGCCAUCAGGCACAGGGGCAGACCCCCAGCAGCCGCCAUGGCCAGCGGCAGAGAUGCGGACAGCGAGCCGGCGCUGCCUGAGGAGGAGGAGGAGAAGGAGGGCCCGGACGUGAAGGCCGUGCAGGCCCAUUACCUGCGCAGCCCCUCGCCCAGCCGGUGUUCAGUGAUAUCAGACACUGAUACAGAGAGCAUCUACAUGGAGCCAAUCCAUCUGUCAUCUGCUGUGGCUGCCAAACAAAUCAUCAGUGAAGAGCUGAAGACCAAGGACGUCAGGGUAGACUCGGUGUGUCCCAGGAUGUUGGAGUCUGCGCAGCAGCUGAUGGUGGAAGACCUGUACAACCGAGUUAAGGAAAAGAUUGAUGACACCAGCUUGUUUAACACGCCGUGUGUGAUGGACUUGCAGAGGGCACUUGUGAAGGACAGGCUGGAGACCCCCAGGGACGCUGUGGAUGAAGUCUGGCCUAAUGUCUUCAUAGCAGAAAAAAGCGUUGCAGUGAACAAAAGCCGUUUGAAGAGACUGGGCAUCACCCAUGUCCUGAAUGCAGCUCAUGGAACAGGUGUCUACACAGGUCCAAGCUUCUACAAUGGUCUCAAUAUCCAGUACAUGGGCAUUGAAGUGGAUGAUUUUCCAGAUAUGGAUAUCUCCAAACACUUCCGCCCAGCUGCAGAGUUCCUUGACGAAGCCCUGCUGACUUACAGAGGCAGAAUCCUUGUCAGCAGUGAGAUGGGGAUCAGCCGCUCAGCUGUGCUGGUGGCUGCCUACCUGAUGAUCUACCACCACAUGACUGUUCUGGAGGCUCUGAUGACCCUGAGGAAGAAACGUGCCAUCUACCCCAACGACGGCUUCCUGAAGCAGCUGCGGGAGCUCAAUGAGCAGCUGUUGGAGGAGCGAGAGCUGGAGCGUUCUGGAGAUGAGGACAUAACUCCGAGCCAAAGUCCUCUUGCCUACCCAGGGACUUCUUCACGGCUGUCUGGAGCUGGGGACUCAGGGAGCAUCAAGGGAGCCAAAGCCCACUCCAUCACAGUAGAAGAAGAGGAUACCAGCAGCUUUUUGGGUAGUUUUAUGAGCUCUUCAUCAGUGGAAAAAACUAGUUGGGUUUCCAAACAUUCCACCCUGAUCACUGAGGAGGAAGAGGAACAAUUGUAUGAGGAAUGGAGGAGGAAACAAGGCCUAUCUGCAAAGGAAGCAGGAGCUCACCAUGAAGGAACAUCUUCAAAGCAUCUGGAUCAGGAAGAGGAACAAUCUGAUGAGGAUGUGGAACGGAGGAUCCAUGACUGGCAGCGCAGGAAUGAGAAAUACCAGAUGGCAGGUGCAGCCAGGGAGGAGGAUGGUGAAUGCAGCAUGGGAGGAAGACCUUACCCAUCAGGCGAGUUCAGUGAUGUUGAGAGUGUGAGCAGUUUUGAGAUCCGAACCCUAAAAAAACAGCUGGAAGCCAGUAGCUUCAGCAGGAUGAGGAGGAGCCGCACAGGCUCUAUGUCUUCUGAGAGCACUUGGGACAUGUGGAAUGAGAGGCUUCUGGAGAUUGAGAAAGAAGCUGCUCAGAGGUAUCAUUCUAGGAAUAAAACUUGUGGGGAGAGACAAUCCCCAGAAACAGGAAGAAAGGAGAGGGAUGUGGAUGAAGAGAGUGUGUUUUCAGACUCCUCCUGUAGCUCCUUCUACAAUUUCUGCCAAAAGAACAAGGACAAGUUGACUCCUCUAGAAAGGUGGAAGGUCAAGAGGAUCCAGUUUGGCUUUCACAAGAAGGAUUUAGAACCAUCAUCUGCACCAUCUCCAGCAGAAGAUGGCAGCCAGGCAGGUCAGGAGGAAACAGAAGGGAAGAGUUUGUCAGAUAUUGAUCUGACUGCGUACCAGGCUUGGAAAAUGAAGCGGCAGAAGAAGGUGGGCAGUGAAAGCAGCAAGGAGGAAUUUGUGGAAUUUGCCAAAACUGAGGAUUCUGCUUCAGCUAAAAAGAAGCAGAGGCGUGUAGAGCUCCUUGAACGUUCAAAGAAAAUUUUAGAAGAAAGCCAGUCCAUGUGCAGCUGGGAGACAGAGAGUACAAUGAGUGGGAGUAUUCCCCUGUCAGCUUUCUGGUCUUCAGCGCCUUCUGCAAGUGGUGCUGACGAUGCAGCUUCUGCCCUGAGCAUGCAGACAAAUCAUUCAUCUUUGUCACAGGCCAGGAGUUGUACAGGACCAGUGCAGCUGCAGAUGCCAAAUAUACCCCUUCCCAACCUCCCAGUUGGCCCAGGUGACACAAUAUCCAUGGCAAGCAUUCAGAACUGGAUUGCUAACGUGGUCAGUGAAACCAUUGCCCAAAAGCAAAAUGAGAUCCUGAUGCUGUCCCGUCCAUCGUCCGCCAUGGCCUCGCUGUCAGGAGACCUUGGCAGGCGUGCAGAUGAUGACAAAGUUUCUCUUCUCAGUGCUCAGAGUGGCUCAUCCCUCGCUGCCUCUCAGCUCCACCAGCAGGACCUGCGCAGGGCUGAGUCUCAGUCUGUGCUGUCUUGCAACACCUCUGUGAGUGCAAGGACAGAAGGGACUACUUCAAACAUGAAGACAACCCAGACAAGCAAACCACUGUACAGCCUCUUUGCUGAUGAUGUUGACCUAAAGAAACUCAGGAGGAAGGAGAAGGAGAUGCAAAUGGAAAUGAGAGAAAAAAUGUCAGACUAUCAAAUUGAAAAGGUGAUCAGCGACAAUAAACGCAGCACUUUAUUUAAAAAAAAGGUGACCAAAGCAGAGGAAAAUGAAACAGAAAAUGACAGAGAGAGUACAACAAACAGCUGCAGGCGUCCCUUGCAAGCAGACUUUGACAGAACUGAUGCAGACUUUGAUCUGUCCAGUCAACCUGCAACCUCAGGUGCACCGAAGUCAGAGAUAGAUACUGAUAUUACCAAGUGGCUCAAUGGCCUGAAAGCAGAAAGAGAACCACCGUCAUAUUAUGAUCAGACUGAGAAAGCUAGAGAGAAAUAUAGCAGAUCAUCCAAAGUUAGACAGAUGGAUUCUGAGACAUCCAGUUACAGAUUCUGCAGAUCCCAAAGAAAAGAGCUAGAUAGCUGUUCUUCCUACGAGUCAACGGGAGAUUCACUGAGAACCAUGUCAAGAUUUUCCUCUGCUUCUGCAAAAGAGGACAAAAAGAUGUACAAGUUCACAAGGUCCAGGGUCAGUGAGACAAGUUCCAGAGGAAACAGCCCAGAGCUGCAUGUUUUCAGCCGGUCACCUGAACCACCCUUUGACUCUGAAGCCCCGGAACAAUCUACACAGAGCCGAGUUAGAGCUCAUCAUGUGGAGGCAUGUGAAGAGGAGGCCAGGUCAGAUGUGUCAGAAUGUGGAGCAAAAAGAAAGUUCACCCAGAGCUUUUCAAAGUCUGAAGAGGAUGGAAAGAAGGAGGCAAAAGUGGAGCAAAGUGAAGAAAGGUUUGCAUCUCGGCAGGUCUCUCGGUACAGGCGAAGCAUGCGUAAAGAAGAGGAAGAAAUGGAUGAUGAUGCCAUUAUUGCUGCUUGGAGAAGCCGACUAGAAGAAACUACAGCAAAGCUCCAGCGGAGAAGGGAAGAGUGACCAAGAUCAGACUACAGGAACACAAGCAGAGCCACAGAGUCCCUGAAUCACUCACUCAUCAUUAUAUUUUUGAUAAUCCUUUGUGGUUUGUAGGGCAUUUCCUGCAGAUAGUUCUCUUCUUAAUCAAAAGCGAUGAAGGGAAGAGGUCAAGUUCUGCAAGUGUUUGUGGCUUGUCAGAAAGAAGAUGCUGGUAUUAAAUGAUCAAUGUAGGUAGAAACACAAUGUUAGAAGCCAUUAGGAGCCAGACAAUGUUUCAGCAGCAAAAGCAGGUAACGGUGACACCUCAAGUCAAAAGACCAAUCACAUCCCACUUUGGUUAUUUCAAUUUCCUAGUGUUGUUAAAGACUGGACAUGUUUUUUCUAGGAUCUUUUUGAUCAUAAAUGGAAGAAGCCAAAAGCCUUUUCCAGGAACUUAAAGAAUGUUUUUCUCUUAAUCAGUUUUACUUUAUAUGACUGAGAAGAUAUUACCAGGUAGGCUCCGUUUUCUGCACCAGCCUUAAAAAUGUCUAGAGAAAUAAGACAGUUCAGGGGAACAUAUGUUCUGUUUUACUUUACUAAGCAGCAGGAGUGGAAUACUAGAAAAAAGAAGAUGCCUCCUGUUUACAAGUUCAAUGCAGUAAUGAAUGUAUUCAUUGUUUUCUAUUAGAUGGAGUAAUCUCUGCUCCAGUAUGGUUGGUUCCUGCUAAUAACUUCAGGUCAACAAAGGAAAAAUGCAGUAAUAUUAACAGCCAUCCAAAAAUCAUUUUUUGAUGUAGUUAAAGAGAUAGCUAGGAUUAGUGUUAGUGCAGGCUGGGUUUCUGAGUAUUGACUUCACUUUGGUUUAUGUAUGCAGCUCAGCUAAGUUGGUGCUUUUGUGUUAUAGUCAGAUUAAUUUUCAACAUGAUCGCCUUGAAAGAAAAGAGCAAUGCACAAAAUGACCUCAUAAUAAAAUUGCUUGAUUAGA